CUCAAAGCUCAAGCCAUAACCCCUACACAACACAGACCGUACCCCGCGCCUCUCUCUCUCUCUCCCUCUCCCUCUCCCUCUCUCAUACACACACAUCGACACCGACGCACGCUCAUACCCGCGCACUGUUGCCCUCUGUUAAUUUCUUCCUGCUCAUUCAAUAUAUUCGAUCGAUCUCGCAAUCUAGCCAUCGGAAUCGGCGAAGACGAUUGCAGCGUGGGGAGCAUGUCGCGUGAGAGACCCAAACGAGGGACGCUACCUCCCGCACAGGAGAAUAUUGAGAAAUUGGAGAAAGUUGUAAAUGAUGGCAAUUCUUAUGGAGCUCAGCAGAUGUACAAGUCUAUUAGUGCGAGAUAUGUUGCUGCUCAGAGAUAUUCUGAAGCAUUGGACAUCCUCCACUCGGGAUCCUGUAUUCAGCUGAAACAUGGACAGGUUACUUGCGGAGCUGAGCUUGCAGUAUUGUUUGUGGAUACCCUUGUGAAGGGGAAAUUUCUUUAUGAUGACGAAACUCUUGACCGUGUUAGGAAAAUCUACAAGAAAUUUCCUCGAAUCUCUGUGCCGCAGCACUUGGCGGACGAUGAUGACAUGCAACAACUUUCUGAAGCCCUUGGGGCAGCAAAAAUACAUGUUGAGGGCUGCUCAUCAUUCUUGAAAGCUGCAAUUAGGUGGUCUGCAGAGUUUGGAGCUCCUAAGAGUGGAUCUCCUGAACUGCACUGUAUGCUGGCUGAGUAUAUAUAUUCUGAAUCCCCUGAAUUGGACAUGGCCAGAGUAUCCUUUCAUUUUGUUCGAGGGAACAGCCCGAAGAAGUUUGCUUCUACUCUUGUAAAUUUUAUGGGCAAGUGUUAUCCAGGUGAAGAUGACCUGGCUAUUGCGCGUGCUGUUUUAAUGUACUUAUCUCUAGGUAAUUUGCGAGAUGCAAACUAUCUUAUGGAUGAGGUUAAGAAGCAAAUCAAAUCAAAGCAGCUUGACUUCCCAGAGUCAGAAUUGACACAGCUCAUCAAUUAUCUUUUGCAAACGUUGCAGAGAGAUGCUUUGCCUCUUUUUAAUAUGUUGAGACAGAAUUACAAGCCAAGCAUAGACAGAGAACUUGCAUUUACUGAGUUGCUAGAUGAAAUUGCGGAGAGGUUUUAUGGAGUACCGCGCAGAAAUCCCAUGCAAGGCAUGUUUGGGGAUUUAUUUAAGAUGAUGGGAGGGGCAUAGCAGUGGCUUCAAUCCAUUGCGACUUGAUGGAUCCCGCAAAUGUUUGUAUGUUUGUUUCUAUUGUGCAUUCGUUAGUACCAUUGAGAAAAAAAUUGUUCCCAUUUUUGUUGGUGAGACUCUGGAAAAACUCUCAACAAUUGGAAUGAAACUGCAAUUAUAGUUGCACCAUGAAAUUUCA